UGCUGGGGCUGGCCGUGGUUGUUGAGCAGCUUUGUGUUUGUGUGUGUGUGUGUGUGUGUGUGGGUGUCGCUGACUCUCUCUCUCUAUCGCUCUGUCCCUCUCGCGCGUGCGGGUGUGUAUUUCGUCCCCUCCGCGGCUAACGCUCAUGGUGGUACAGAGGGCCAGGAUGAAGAUCCAGGAGUCUCCCGCGGUGUGUGUGGCGCCGGAGCGGCCGUCGCACGGCGACUGCAGCGAGCCGCGAGAGGAUGUUCCCCGCCUGGAGCUCGCAGAGGAGGACAACAACAACUGGGGAGAGCAUUCCUACUAUUCCGCCCCUUUCCUUGAUUUCAAAAACCUUUUCCACCACAGUGUGUUUGAUGAGCCCGUCCCUGCCUACUCGUCGUGGCAACGGGACAACAUGGACCGCGAGGAGCCCCGCCCGUCGCCGCACGCCGGCGGUCAACUCAUCCGCCAGCUGAUGGAGGAGGGCAGCGACCCCAUGCUCUCGCCUCGUUUCUACGGUUACGGCCACUGCCAGUACCUGGACGACACGGAGGUGCCCCCCUCGCCGCCCAACGCGCACUCCUUCACCAGUCGCCGCAGGAGUUCUUCCCUGGGGUCCUGUGACGAGGAGAAGGAGGAGCUGUCGUCCGUUCAGCUCUCCAAGCGGAUCCACGUGCUCAAGAAGAAGAUCCACCGGUUUGAGGAAAAGUUUGAAUAUGAACGGAAAUACAGGCCGUCUCACAGUGAUAAGCUCGCCAACCCAGAAGUGCUCAGAUGGGUCAAUGAACUGACGAGACUUCGCAGGAAUCUCAAAGAACACAAGCUGCUGAAGUCGGAGGAGGACCUGCCACCGCUGACCCGCCAGCGCAGCAACACCCUGCCCAAGAGCUUCGGCUCCCAGCUGGACAAGAGGAGCCCGCAGGAGAAGGCGCCGCUGCCCCCGGCCGAGAGCACCCUGGAGGUGGUGAUGGGCAAGCUGCAGGAGAAGAGGGAGGAGGUGGGCCGGCCGGAGGACAUCAAGGACAUGACCCGAGAGCAGAUUGGAACGGAGAAGCUGGCACUGCAGAAGGCCCUGCUGUACUAUGAGAGCAUCCAUGGAAGACCGGUGACGAAGAACGAGAGACAGACCAUGAAGCCCCUGUACGACCGCUACCGCCUGGUGAAGCAGAUCCUAUGCAGGGCCUCCAGUAUCCCCGUCAUCGGCUCCCCCUCCAGCAAGCGGCGGGGUCCGCUCCUCCAGCCCAUUAUCGAGGGCGUUCCCGCACUGUUCUUCGAUGACAUCAAGGAGGAGGAGGAUGGCUCUGAGGAGGACGGGGACUCUAAGCCCUCGUUCCCGGUGUCGGACCGGCCCAACCCCAGCAUGCUGGGCUUCCUUGACCAGCUGGAGGAGGAGGCGGAUGGGUUCAUCUCCCCCGUGGACGACCUGUCGCCCUCCAGGAGCACCACGCACGACAUGAGGCUGUCCAACCUGCACUCGGCCACCAUGCAAGAACUGCUGGAGCAGCUCCAAGAAACCAGAGAGGAGAAGAAGAGAAUCCGCAAGAAUCUAAGAGAGUACGAAGACCAGUUCUUUAGAGAAAAUGGAAGGAAUGUGCAGAAGGAGGACCGGUCCCCUCUGGCGGUGGAGUAUAACGAAUACAAACACGUGAAGGCCAAGCUCAAACUGCUGGAAGUCCUGAUCAGCAAAAGAAACUCGACCAAGUUCAAAUGAGAAAGGAACAACGGACGAAACCCUAAGGACUCGAAAAUGAAAAGCGUUGGGUCUCCACGGAUUAAAAAGAAACGAGAGGAAUUCACCAGCCUGAGAAGACAAACCUUUUAUAAACAACAAACACCUCAGCUUCUAGGAACCUGUGUCGGAUCUGUUGUUGGAGCGUUUGUUUUGGACGAGUUUUGUUCUUCCCCCUUUUUGCUCUGUGAUUGCGCUGAAGCGUGUGGAGGUCCAAACCUGUGGCACUUGGGGUCAGUGUUCCCUAGAAGACGUGAGGGAGACCUGCAGGCCCUUGGCUUCUCCCAUCCCCCAGGGUAGAGGUGCUGCUUCCUGUCAAUCAAAAAACCGACCGAAAUGUCUAAAAGUAGCCCUUAAAAAUAGUUAGGUAGCUAGGUAGAGUCACGUUCAUUGUAGCUAAUUUAUUUCUAUUCCUUUUUUUAAAUGUUUGUUUGUUCUUUUAGGAAUAGUUGUUUAUUUUUUGGCGCUAUGGAAUACAUUUAUUUUUGUUAUGCAUUGUGGAGUCUUAAGAAAAUAUCUGUAAGUAAAAUUAUAGAGUUGGCGAAUAUAUUUUUGAAAGAAGGAUAUAAGAAAAUUGAGUAAUAGAUUGGACGUGUAUUUUUGUACGGGAGACCUCUAUCUGAAUGACUACCAACCGAUCGGUUUGACAGUAUUUGUUCAAGCGAAUGGAUCUGUAAAUGUGAUUGUUAAUUGAUGCCAUACUUUUGUGUGUCUUUGAGUGUGCAACAUUAUUGAUACUACACUAAGAAAGUGAUUUGCUCACACAAAAAAAGGUUUGCCAUGCAGAGCCAGUGGUUUGAUAUCUUCUGUUAAUGUGUCCCAAAGACAAUGAAUCAAGUGUUCAGAUUGCACAUUAAAAUAGCGUAGAAGAUCAUUAUAAUCAAUAAUGUAGCUUGUUCCUUGCUCCCUCUCCUUACCACUUACUUAAUGUAAAAAUAAGCUAUUUUUGUGUUUAAAAUAAUAGUUUUCUUGCUCACAUUGAUGAACAUGAAGAGGCAUUUUACAAUGACUGAUAAAUCCUUUGAAUCCAUUGAUCCAAUCCUCUGCUGCCUGCAAUUUAAGGCUUGCUGCUUUCCUUACACAGCCAUUUCUAUGGCUUCUUGGUUCUGUAAAUACAUCUUUGUGUUUAUUCUCUCCUUUUAUUCCUCCAAAAUGGAUAACUAACAGUGUGAAGUUUGUUUUAUGAAUGUAAACACUGGCGAAUUAUUAGUGCAUUUGGGCGUGUACAUUUUAGUACAUAUUUGUAUUUUGUAAAUACAUAUUAUUAAAGCAAAGAUAUUUUUAAUGGAACUCGUUGGAGUGUCUGUGCGUUGGUUUUUCAUUGGAAACUUGAUUGGUUGCUAUGAAAUGUAUCUCUGUUUCAAGAUCUAGUUCCUUGAAAAACUCAUAGCCUACAUAUUCACAGC